AUGCCGGCUAAUACAACAGCCAAAGAUUCCUUGCAACCUAUUGAAGAUGAAACUCAGCCAACAUUACCACCUGAAGGCAUUACCAAAGACCUCUUACCCUUUGAAGACAUUUCUAAGAACCAGCUUGAAGAGACUCCAAUCAAAGCACCCAAGCGAUUGCUGAAAAGUAAGAAGGGGAAGCUUGUCUUGAAUAAGGAUAUCACUGCGAUGAGCCACAAAGCUAUCAUCAAAAUGCUCAACAACAGAUCAAAGACAACCUACAAGAGUGUUUUUUAG